ACAGCGGCAGCGGCCCUGCGCUCAUCGGCGGGGUCUGCGCUACGAUCAGACAGCCGCGACGCCGAUGAAUCGUCAUUCCACAGAGUCGAUGCGCUGUAGCGCGCUGCAGCACAUUCUUGCCUCCUGCUGCCUCGACGGCGCACCGGUAUGAGGCCGAAACGCUCGACUUGAAAACUUCGAAAACGGAUAUGCCAUGGUUAUGUCGAGUCCCGCGGGCUUUUCCUGGCAGCAGUUGGUCGAAUAUCAGACGUCUGACACUGGGUUUCCAGGCAAUGCAUCCUUGGGUGUCCCAGGCCUGGAUGAGGAAUUUCAAAACAUCACGUUGGAAGAAGAGGUGCCAAGCUGGCCCCUACGGUGGUUUGGCGCCUUUGUGUGCGGCAUAGUAAUCCUGGUGACACUACUGGGUAACAUCCUGGUCCUCGUCGUCGUAUCCAGAUUCCGACGAAUGCGCUCAGUCACCAACAUUCUUCUGGCAAGCCUCGCUACAGCGGACAUUACAGUGGCACUGCUUGUUAUGCCUUUCCUAGUCGUGUACGACAUAGAGCGCGAAUGGCAUUUUGGCUCAAUCGCAUGCCACAUGUGGAUCUCUUGUGAUGUGAUGUGCUGCACGGCGUCAAUCUUACACUUGUGCUUCGUAGCCUUGGACCGUUUCUGGGCAAUCACGCGACCCCUGCGUUACCGAGCAUGCGUCUCCAAGCGUCGGCUGGGCUUCGCCAUUGCUUUCAUCUGGCUGUGUUCCGCUGCCAUCUCUUUCAUACCAGUUUUUAUGGGCUGGUACGGCGAUGGUACUGUAUCCCUCUUCGAAACAUCUACAGAGUGCACCUUGAAGGUCAACGGAACGUACGCUCUCAUUUCGUCAAUGACUUCCUUUUAUCUUCCACUCCCAGUGAUGUUUUACGUGUAUUUUCGAAUUCUACUUGUCGCUGAACGACAGGCCAGAGAUAUCAAAAUGCUUGAACGUUCGCUCCAAAACGGUGACCAGCGAGUGAGACGCAGCAUCCGCCGCCAAUCGCGCCAGAUUAUCAUCGACACGAAGGCCAUUCGAACACUUGGAAUCGUAAUGGGGGUUUUCUGCGUGUGCUGGUUGCCAUUUUUUCUCAUGUAUUUAAUCACGGCUUACUGUCCCGCCUGCGACAUCGCCUACGAGUACCGUAGUGGCAUCACCUGGCUAGGCUACUUCAAUUCAGCCUUCAACCCGUGUAUCUACGCCUUCCUCAACAAGGAGUUCAAGGAAGCUUUCCAACGCGUCCUCGGUUGCCGGAAGCCUCAAGAGCGAGAUUUCCCUACCAUGGAUGAACAUAGCUCCAGCCGCAGCAUGCAGCGUAUGGACCGGCUACACAUUGAGCCAGUGACACCUGACUGCAGGACGCCUAGCCUGACACCGGACUCAACAACGUGGCCCGCUGGAAUUAUCCAUACAUCGCACUGCUAUCUGCAAGUCAAAUCUCAACUUGCAGUGAACGACGGCGUCAAGGACGCCGUCUAGCAACUGUCAUUGGACUCAGAAGGUAACAUCCAACGGCUGCUCUUUCAUUUUGCAAGAACUUCCUAUUAGGUCGGUACCUACCCCCGUUGUCAUCCGAAGCCGUUGGGAAAGGUAUGGCAGAGUUGACGCUACGCUAUCUGCAGCCUGCUGAAGCAACUGGGAGAGAGGCUGAGCGCUUUGGCCGUGGUCAGUUUUCACUCCUGCUUGCUCCAGCAGGGCGCGUAUUCAUCUCACAAUGGGGCCCCUAGUGGCCGAGCAGUGUUUCUCAAGUGCUUAGCUCUGUCAGGGUUCCAGUAUGUCACAAUAUGUGUUGGGUAUGUUGGACGUCCUAACAGUCACGCCGUUCAGCCUCGCCAUGUUUUCACGUCGGUCAAGUCGUAUUGCACUCAGAAUUAAAAUAGCUCGUAUGUAAAUGAACCAGUUAAGUGGUUGCUGAAGCGUUACUUGCCGUAAAGAACUGUGCCAACUUUCGGAAGACAAGUCCUAAUAGAGACUGUGACAGCUGCACCUUUUGUAUGUCGGCCAGUUUAAGGUUCACCUACCGAAUUUAGACAUAUCAUCCAUUCUUCAAAGGCUGAAUUGAAAUCAACGCAAUACAGCACUUCUCUAUACAGUAUGUGUUCAGCAUCUGCAAGGUUCUCCGUUGUGUGUCCCAUUUGUCAGUGUCUCAUAGAGUUCAGGAAAGGGUCGCAUAAGUCACUCAUUACUGUACAGUAUAUAGACACGUUUUAUUUUUUGUGUGUUAUUUCGUAAUGGUGUCGUGUUUGUAUGGUAGUGCAAUUGGGUGAAGCGAUGCUGCAGGCAUUUUAAAAAUGUGACAGUACGUUACGUGUUAUCCCGAAUGUUGGCUCUUCUGUGUUUUGUUUUCUUUUUCUGUCGCACUGGAAAUGAUGCCUUCUCCUUGUAGCGGGUACUCAGUACGACGAACGCCAUACCCACACCUACACUGCUCGGGAGAGCACAAUUGCAUAGAGCACUACAGUACACUUCUCGUUGGGCAUUCAAGCGCCUCUGCGUUGGUAAGGUGUCUUCGUAGCGAACAGAUUAAAAAUUUAUCCUACGAAUGUACAGCCCUCUCGACAGCUUCUUGAAUCGAAGAAUUUGGCAUGAACUUAACAGACGCACUACAGAAGUUUCCGCGAACAGAAGGUAUGUGGAUGAAUGAUUCGCGAACUCGAAUGUUUGAUGCGCGUGCAUAUUUUCUGUACCUCGUAUGGACGGCACAUGUUUCUGUGUGACCGUCGGUUAGAUGGAUUAGCGUACUUGACUUGUGGUUGUACAUUUUGACUAUAUUUAUUUAUGCAUUGCGUGUCUGCCCCUGUGAGUGACUGAUUUAAGAUAUUGAAGACAGCAUGAAAGUUAUAUGAGGGUAAGGGUUAAUGUACACGCUCUGUUGUAUUGUUUCAGAUGUGUGUUUGUCAUUGCACUCAAACAUCCAUGGGAAGUAUGAGUAUUGCCCACGAUUAAUGGGGAAAAUAAACAGAUUGAAAAUCA